AUGAGCAAAAAAACUAAUUCUUAUUUAGAUUUUACAAAGUAAUAUAGAAAUCUAAGUUACAAGCCAGUAUAAGAGGCUUAUGAUAAAAUAGAUAAUCCAGCAACUAAAUUUGAUAAUUUUUUAAAGACAUCCAUUUUUUCUAAAAGACUUGAAAAAUCAUCAUUAAAUUAAUCAGAAUUAUAUCCUAAAAUGAGAGGACCUACAAAACCUGAUUACUUUUUUAUUGAACAUUAUCCAAGAUUUAAAGAAGAUUUGAAUUGCAAUUAAAAGAUUUUUGGAUAGAAGUAAACUCAGUUUCAUAGUGAUAUUUUCGAAAAUAUUAGAAAUGAUUUUAAAUAGAAGAAUUAUUCUUUUCAAUAUAACUCUGAGAAGUUAGAUUAUUCUAAAGAUUUAGGAUUACCAAUAGAACCAUAAUAAAGAAUAAAAGAAUUAUAAUUAAUUAAAAAAGAAUAAGAAUUAUAUAAAUCUUUAAGAUAAGAUGUAAAUUUCUUAAAUCGAAAAAAAAGGAUUUUAGAAAAUUUGCAUAAGAGUGAAACUUCAAGUUAAUCUAAACAUAGAAAUUUAAGUAUAAUAUUAAUAUAUAUAAUGUUAGGUUAUGAUAAAUAUCGUAAUUAGAAUGAAUGUCUUGAAUUUAAUAAUACAAAUGGUUUUAUUGGUGAUCAAAUGAAUUUAUCCUUCCAUCUUUCUAAAGAUUGGAAUAUUAAAAAAAGAUGUGAUACAUAAAGAUUAAAUACUUUUGAUAGAGUCAUAAGCUAAAAGCCAACAAAUAUUAAAAUAAAUACAGAGAGAAUGAAUUAUUUGAAAUUUAGAGAAAACUGUGGAAGAGAUUAUAAAAUUGUGAAUUUAACAAAAGAUGAAUGA